AUGCAGGGAAACAAAAAGUGCACAGAUGGGUUCAGUGAUACCUCCAGCAUUGGCAGUGUGCUGGACGAUGCAGACAGGGAGGUGAGCAACCUCACAGACCGGGCAUUCCGGAGUUUGUGCAUCUCAGAGUCCUUCCAUGACUCUGACCUGACUCUGUCCCCAGAUAUCACCACCCAGGGGUUUGGGACUUUUCAUCAGGGAACAGUGAGCCACACCAACAGGAAAAGUGGAAUUUGGAGCCAGCUUCCAUCUCAAGGCACAGAGCAUUCAGGCUGGGCAGCCACCUUCCAACAGCAACCCAAAUAUGUUCAGGGAGAGGAAAAGUACCCCAAAAACAGUCCCCCAACGACACCAGCCCAGAGGAGACUGGAGGUGCCCAUUUCUGGUCUGAGGAGCAGCAGCAAGCCCAUCUCCAAGGUCUCAUCACUAAUCAGAUCCUUUGACAGGACAGAGAAUCAACCUUGUGACAGCCGGCCUCCUCCCAGCAAGCCUCCGGCUCUUAAAAAUCCCUCCAAGUUUGCACCUCCCCCAGAAGGUGGCGUCAACUUCUGCUUUGAUUCUGCCUUUCUAACUGUGAGGAGGGUGCCUGCUGAGGCCUCCAACACCCAUCCAAGCAGCCACCAGCCUGGCAGGGUUUCUGGAGAACAAGAGUCUCCCAAGAACCCAGAAGUAGCCUGCCACAGCUCAGACAGCCACCUCCAGACACCAGACCGUAUGGUUGACUCAUUUGAGCCAAGGUUUCCCUCUCCACCUCUCAAGCCAGCCAAAGCUGAGCCAGGAAGAGGCAAGGAGUUGGCUCCCAGGGGGACUUUCCUGCACAGUGAAAACAGUGCUUUUGAAUCAUGGACUAGCCACCAACCAAAGCUCCCGGAGAGAAAGGACAUUGCUGAAACAAUCCCAGAAAGCAAAGCUCCCAAACACUAUGAGGACAUGCCUUUGUUAAAGGAGCCUCACCCUUCUGAGUCCAAAGUCUUCCCCUGCCAAGGCCCAGCUAACUGUGCCCAGGAAGAGACCAGGUCAGCAUCCGGGUCUCAAUCCACAUCUGGAACCUGGGGGGCCAGGGAUCCAGGAUCCCAGGUAUUCCCUGUGGAGGGAAAUGCUUCACAGAUUGACCCUCAGAUGAAGCGGAGCCAGCCCCCCUGGAGGAAGCCAAAGACUGGCAAAGGAGGAACAGAUGGUCCACAUGAUACUUUGGAAGACAAGAAACAGCCCAACAGGAGAGGCCUACCUCUGUAUUCAAAGCUCAACCCUCAGGGUCAACUUCCAGAAAAUGAUGUUCUGGACAUGCCAGAGGACUCCAAUGACCAUUACAGUCCCCCCUUUAACAUCAGUGAACUCCUUACUCCAAUUAUACCCACCAAACAUGUCCUGGAAUCUUCAGACACCCAACCAGUGGAAAUCAUCCCAUCCCCUCCAGGACAGUUAAAUGGAUACCAAGAGAAGGAGCCCAGUGAGGCUCAGUCUCGGGAUAGCUACAAGUCCAAAGCACCAAGCCUGCUGUUCAACCUCAAGGACGUUAGGAAGCGUGUCAAGAGUACAUACAGUCCCUUGCCUCUCUUAAAAAGCUUUGAUGAGAAAACCAGAGGUAAGCUUGAUGGCAAGCAAGAACCUGUGAGCAAUGGGGUCACCCUUCCCAAUGGGCUUGAAGAAAACCCUCCCACCCAGCUUUUGAAGGAGAUGCCAGCUGAUGCCCCCAGCAUCUUGCACAGCAGUACCCAGAAGGAUCCUGCUAUCAACUCCAGUGAGUCCUUUGCCGACAACCACCUGACCCUUGGCUCCCCUUCAGCUAGCUCCAAAACCCACUUCAGCGUCAAUGGGGAGACUACAGAAAGGAGCCGUAACAAGAAGGAAGAUGCCAAUGGAGUGUCAGAGCAGGGUCCUUCUGAGUCUGGCUGGCAUCCAGAUGCCAGGGAACACCUUCCCCGGAAACAUCUCUCCCUGAAACUCCACAACAGGGAGUCUGAAACAGGACAGGCUACAGAGAAAAUGAAGCCUCACCAGCUAGAGAAUGGGCUCUCAAGAUCCAUCUCCCAAGAGACAGAGCCUGAGCAAGAAAUGGGGCUCCAGAACCUACCCUUGAACCAGAAGUUCUCCCCAGGGCCCCUUUCCCCUGAGGAGGAGGAUGUGUUUUACAGCGAUAGCCAAUCUGAUUUUACUCCAUGCCUCCAAACCAAGGCUAAAUUCAGCACCAGCUCUUCAGACCAAUCCUUUGCUUCUUUUGAUGAUCAGCAUAAGAUGUGGUUUACAGAAGGCCCCCGGGAAGACAGGAAGAGUCGUGUGAGUGCAGGUGAUGAUCAAAAGGACGAGAAGGAGACCGUGAUGGAGAAAGAUGAGCCACAGCAAUGUGCCUUAAGCAAUGGACGUACGGGUGUGGAAGAACACGGACAGGAGGAAAUACAAAGGAAAGCCCAAGGUUGGUCGGGAGGGACACCCGGGAAAGCAUCAGUGGAGGAAGUUAAUUUCAGAGGCUCUUGGGUGGGGGUUGAUAAGGAUACAGCUCUUCCACAUGCCAAGGACUCAGCUCCCUUGCCAGCUUGUACCAACAAGCAUAGACUGUUCCCACUUAAAGACAACACACUCAGGGCCACCCCGGUGAUAAAGCCUAUCAUUCUGCCUCUCCUGAGGACAGUGUCCUCAGAGGACUCACUUGUUGGUGGACACAAAGAGAAUGAAUUACCAAGGCAACAGUGGGGAGAGGAUGCUGGUGGCCUCUGUGCCUCAGAAAGCCAGAAAAUGCUUACCACUCCACUAUCCAGCAACACACAGCAGACAUGUGUGGUGUGUGAGGUCGGGGAAGAGGACCCAGCGCACACUGCGGCCCAGGCUGAAAUUUCUCAGCAAGCCCGGAAGGGAAGUUUCUCUUUUCUACCACUGGUGGAAGAGGAGGGCAAGAUAAAGCCACCUCCAGACAUAACAGGCGAAGCGCCAGCGCGUGCUAAGAGCGGAUCUGUGGAGUCAGGGAAUCUGGCUGCCCCACAGCACAUCCCCACCAUUGCUUUACCCCCAGACGACCUAGAGGACCCACCCCACUCCCUGCCACUCCACACCUGUUGGGAAGAACAAGGUUUCCAAGGGCACUUUCUGUCUGCACCCAGAGCAGGACCUUCAGGAAGAAGGCUGGUCCCCAGUGAGGCAGCGACUUCCCCCAACCCCAGCUCUCUAGGUGAGAGCAGCACAUGCUCUCCUGUGGCCAGCAGUGUUUGGGAAGAAGCUUCCCAGGCUGCUGGGGAACAGUGGCUGCACCAAGAGCCUCCAGGCCCCAGGCCCUGGGCCAGCCCGGGCCGGGCCAGGCUCACCCGGAGGGAGGACAUGACGCACGGCCUCACAUGGGAGGCUGAAGGCUCUGAUCCCCAACUGGAGCGAUUGGCAAAUCUCAGGACCCUCUCUCCAAGAGGCACCUUGCUGGCAGACACUGCAGAGAAACCCGAGCCCCCUGCGCUGCUGGAGAGAGCAGCAGCGGGCAAGCCCCCUGCAGUCCCCCCCAAGACUGAGAAGGCCCUGCGGAGGGCGAAGAAGCUGGCAAGCAAGAGGAGAAAGAGCGAUCAGGCGCCAGAAAAGCACACCGAGGCCUGGGAAGUCAAGUCCUUCACAGAGGACACACAGGGGACAGAGCUGAGGCCAGUGUCUCCAGGAAAGGGGCCCCGGCUUAGGUUCCCUGCAGUCCGCUCCCUACCCCCGCCCACGCACCGCCACUCGGUGUCCUGCGGCUGGGAGACCGAAGGGAGGCGGCCUUGGGGGCUCCAACACCCCAUGCCCCAGUCCCCUUACCCCGCCACCCAGAAGGUGCUCCAGGAUCCUCAGUCGGGACAAUACUUUGUCUUCGAUGUGCCUCUCCAAGUGAAAGUCAAGACUUUCUAUGACCCCGAGACUGGCAAGUAUGUCAAGGUCUCUGUUCCAUCCUCGGAGGAGGCCUCCUCUGAGCCACCUCUGCAGGAUGCCCUGGCUGCUCCCUACCUACUAUACCCUGGCUUCCAACCAGUGCCGGUAACCUUGAUGCCUCUGCGUUGCUCAUCUCAGCUCGCAGCUCCCACCUUUCUCAGGCAGGGUUCAGGCCACAGGCCACAGAGUUCCCAGGGUGCUAGACUGCAGCCUCCCCCUGAACAUCUGGGUGAGUCCACCCAGCAUGCCUCUGCACCGAGGCCCUGUGGGCCUCCCCAUAGUCCAGAGGAAGAGGGUGCAGAAGCUCCAAGCCUAAGCAUCAUAUCCACAGACGACCUAGAGGACUUUGCCACAGAGGGUGUUUCUUGA